GGGCUCAGAUAUUUGAUGACGUUUUAUCUCUCCCCAGGUCCACACAAGAUCAAGUUCAUCCCAGAGAUGGUGGGUCCCAUCCUAGAGAUGACUCUGGUCCCAGAGAUAGAGCUGAGGAAAGCUACCAUCCCCAUCUUCUUCGACAUGAUGCAGUGUGAAUUCCACUUCACAUGCAGCUUCCAACGGUUUGAGAAUGAGAUCAUCACCAAACUGGAUCACGAGGUGGAGGGGGGCAGAGGAGACGAGCAGUACAAAGUCCUCUUCCACAAGAUUCUGUUGGAACACUGCAGGAAACACAAGUACCUGUCUAAGAGUGGGGAGAGCUUUGUGAACCUGGUGGUUCGUCUGUUGGAGAGGCUCCUGGACUACAGGACCAUCAUGCACGAUGAGAACAAGGAGAACCGGAUGAGCUGCACCGUCAACGUCCUGAACUUCUACAAGGAGAUAGAGAGAGAGGAGAUGUACAUCAGGUACCUGUACAAGCUGUGUGACCUCCACAAGGAGUGUGAUAACUACACUGAAGCUGCCUACACACUGCUGCUGCACGCUAAGCUGCUGAAGUGGUCUGAGGAGCCGUGUGCAGCUCACCUGACCCAGAGAGACGGCUACCAGGCCUCCACACAAGGACAACUCAAGGACCAGCUCUACCAGGAGAUCAUCAACUUCUUUGACAAGGGCAAGAUGUGGGAGGAAGCCAUCGUACUAGGAAAGGAGCUGGCAGACCAGUAUGAGAAUGAGAUGUUUGACUUUGAGCAGCUCAGUGCCUCCUUGAGGAAGCAGGCUCAGUUCUACGAGAACAUUGUGAAGGUGAUCCGGCCCAAGCCAGACUACUUCGCUGUGGGAUACUACGGAGUGGGCUUCCUUCCUUCCUCAGGUGGUGGUGUAAGACCCCCCACAACGUUCUCUCUGUUUUUCCCUUCUCAGAACAAGAUGUUCAUCUAUAGGGGGAAGGAGUACGAGAGGAGAGAGGACUUUGAGGCCAGACUUCUCACCCAGUUCCCCAACGCGGACAAGAUGAAGACGACCACGCCGCCCGGCGACGACAUCAAGACCUCUUCCUCACAGUGCAUCCAGUGUUUCACCGUCAAGCCUGUUCUAGAACUCCCUUCAAAGUUCCAGAACAAACCCGUCUCUGAGCAGAUCGUCAGCUUUUACAUGAUAAAUGAAGUGUAUCAGUUUCAGUACUCCAGACCGGUGAGGAAGGGAGAGAAGGACCCAGACAACGAGUUCUCGAACAUGUGGAUCGAGCGAACCACUUACACCACGGCCUACAAACUGCCUGGGAUCCUGAGAUGGUUCCACGUCAGGUCUGUCUCCACGGAGGAGAUCAGCCCAUUGGAGAAUGCCAUGGAGACGAUGCAACUGACCAAUGAGAAGAUCAGCAACAUGGUGCAGCGUCACCUGAAUGACUCCAACCUUCCCAUCAACCCCCUCUCCAUGCUGCUCAACGGCAUUGUGGACCCCGCUGUCAUGGGCGGUUUCACCAACUACGAGAAGGCAUUCUUCACAGAGAAGUACCAGGGGGAUCACCCUGAGGACCAGGAGAAACUGGACAAACUGAAAGACCUCAUCGCAUGGCAGGUUAGACUGACACUACCGUUAAAAACUUUAGGGUCACUAGAUAGAUAUAGAGACGUCUUUGUUUUUGAAAGAAAAGCAAAAAUGUUUGUCCAUUAAAAUAACAUCAAAUUGAUCUGAGGUUUGAAUUAAGACGGACACUAAGCUGCAUCUAGGCAACCAAUCAGAAUGGUACCAGUGGAGGUUGGUGUCACUUUAAAUUGGAGGACAGGUUCAUUGUAAAAGGCUGCGAUGGAAUGAAUGGAAAUGUAUCAAACACAUUACAGUGAUCCCGUCCUCUGAUUUCUCUCUCCACCAGCCCCCACUGAUAUGUAUCUCU